AUGAAGAUCAACCUCGUCGCCCGCUUGCCGGCAGUGACGGCCAUCCUCCUGUCGCUCACCCUAGCCACACGGGAUGUGCUAGGGGAGAGCUCUUCCUCGUCGCAUUCGUCGUCCAUACGAGAUCUCAAGCUCCAAGGAGACGCCUUGCUGGCCAAGGGAGAAUACCUGGGAGCUAGUAGAGCUUAUUCGAACGCUAUCGACCUCGACCCGACAUCUUUCAACCUACACUACCUCCGAGCGACCACUUACCUCUCUCAGGGACGUCAUCAACUCGCCCUGACGGAUUUCACAAAGCUAUUGCAGCUGAAACCAGACUUUCACCAGGCUCAUCUGCAACGAGCCAGGAUCUUGGCCAAGGAAGGUGAUUUCGAGCAGGCUCAGAAAGAGUUGGGCGUAUGGUUGAAGACGGACAAGGGAAAGGGGGAUGAGGAGGCCAAAGAGCUGUCACAUCGCCUCGCCGAUGCCAUUCGAUCCAUUUCGAUGGCCCGCAAAGCACAGACCUCGAAAGACUGGCCCGCCGUCGUUGAAGCCACCUCGACCGCCCUCCUCGUCGGACCCAACGCGAUCCCCCUUCGUACGCUCCGUCUCGAAGCCUACGAACACUUGGCCGACCCGGAAGGCUAUGUCGGCGAUCUGUCCCGGUUGACGACCCUUCAACCGAGUUCGGCGUCACAUUCCCUCAAGUUGGCGUAUUACAGCUAUCUCGUCCAGAACGAUCCGACGAGAGCUGGGGUUUACGUGAAACAGGCUUUGCACUUUGAUCCGGAUUCAGCGCCGCAUCGACGGGUUCACAAGCUCGUCAGGUCGGUCGAGAAGCAGGUGGCGCAGGCGAGGAAUUUCGUAGAAGGGGGCAAUCAUCGGGAGGCUAUCAAGGUCUUGCUCGGGACCGGGUCAGGGUCGGCAUCAUCUUUUGGCGGGCUGAUCGCCCUCGUCAAGGAAUCCAUCUCUACCGCCACCCCUUCCUUCAUCCCCGUCUCGUUUUCCCCCCUGACUUCCUCUCAACUCCUCCUCGAACUUUACCGCAUGAGCCUGAAAUCAUAUCUCGCCCUCGAACUGAAAAAUACUGCGGAACUCGAGAAAUACGCCGACCUGGUCCUAUCCAUGCGUGGGGGUGAUGGGGACAUUGACGCGCUGACGGCCAGGGGGGAGAUCUUCGAAAAGAAGGAAAUGUGGGAAGAGGCCGUGAGGGCGUUCAACGAGGCUUUUGAGAAGAGCGGGAGGAGCAGUCGGGAUAUCAUGAACAGGUUGCAGAAGGCGCAGAGGUUGUUGAAACAGUCGAAGGCCAAGGAUUAUUACAAGGUCUUGGGCGUCUCACGGGAUGCAGAUUUGAAGACGAUCAAAAAAGCCUUCCGGAAAAAGGCCAAGGAGAACCACCCGGAUAUCGGAGGAUCCGAGGAGAAGAUGGCCCAGAUCAACGAAGCGUACGAGACGCUUAGCAGUCCAGAGCUUCGAGAGAGAUUCGACAACGGGGACGACCCGAACGACCCCAUGGCCAACGCCGGCGGUGGAGGUGGUGGCCCAUUCCAGGGAAAUCCGUUUGGAGGGCACCCAUUCGGGGGUGGAGGGAGACAAUUCCACUUCCAGCAAGGUGGAUUUCCAGGUGGUGGGAGGACGCAGUUCCAUUGGGGCUAG